AACAAUUCAACUUAUUACUUCUAUUAUUUAAAUUAUAACAAUGCGUAAGGCUCAAAAUCUAAAAGUUCAAGCUAUUCAAAAGGAACAAAAGCAACUUGUUCAAAUAGAAAAAUUGCUGGAAGAGAUUUUGGGCGAUAUAAAUGAAAAUAUCAACACAUUAAAGGUAGAAGAACUACAGCUUAAAUCCAGUUUAGUGGAACACAUUACUGGCAGUUUCUCUAGAACAGCAGAGCCACAACCCUCAACCUCAUCUCAGGCUGCUGCAGCUGCUGUUGCUACCGCUGCAGACAUUGAACCUGAUUGUCCCUCUACUAUACUUAUGGCCACAGCUCCCAACGAGAUGAUUGAUGAGAGAAUAAACAAGCAAUUAUUGGACAUAGAAUCCUUAGUGGUAAAUAUUAAAAAUAAAUCUCGAAUGGAUGAAGAGGAGGAGGAAGAUGAAAGUACAAGCGAAGAGGAAGAUGACGCCGAUGAGGAAUUUCUGCCUGAAUAA